CUCAAAGUUCAAGUAAAAUCUCCAAGACCAACUUGGGAUUCAUGAAAAAUCCAGAAAUGAGAACAAAAUGCUCAAGAUCUCACCCCUGCUGGGCACAAAUGAUAGCAAAAGCAACAUGGUUGGUCGGAUGGUCUUCUUUUGUCAGUGGUAGAACUCUACUAGGGCGGAGUACAAGGAAAUGACACUGUAGGGAAUCAUUCAGCGUUUAGUACACGAAGCUUUAACUGUAGCUUGAUAUUUUUGAUGAGGCCACUCGCUUUUGUUAUGUCAAGAGAUCAAAGCUACACCAAAAAUAUGAAAUUGUGAACGUGUCACUGGCUACCUCAAACCGCUGUCUUGGGGUACAUGUAUAUGGACAUACCUUCUACCAUUGAACUAGCUCAACUUCAGAUGAUACAAAGCCACCUGCAGCCUCAGAUUUUCAUCUGUGGUGCGCCCUCAUCUCCCACAAUAUAUCGGAACAGCCACUGUGUUCUUCCUCUUUUUCGAAGCGCACGAGUGCCAAGGCCGAGUGGGGAGAAAGGGAAGGAGUGUGGUAAUCUGGGUAGGUGGGGGAGAAUCUACUGCCUUCAGCCUACCUAUUGCCAAUACAUUUGCAGAGUAGCACUGCACAUGAAGAGAACAAACCCUGGCGAGUAUCCACUCAGACUAAAAAUCUGCAAGGUACAUGUAUAUUUCAAAUGAACAGAGGACCAACUACAGCAUCCACCAGUUACCAAAAGUAGGCCUACACGUCCAACUUGUAUUUAGCAGCACUGUCUCAUGAGUGAAUCCACUUCCAACUUUCAGAGGAGAAACUAUGGCUGCGCAAGAGUCUGGGUCUCUUAAUGUCCUUUCAUGGAAUGUACGUGGCCUUGGAUCACGAUUAUCUGAAGUUAAAAAACUUGUAACAGACCAAAAGAUUGACAUUAUGUGCCUUGUAGAGACAAGGGCAAAAUCCGACGACAAGUUUAGUGAAACAGACUUUCCAGAUUUUGAAGUGAUCGGGAAAUCAGUGAACAAGUUGAAAGAAUCAAGUCAAAGAGUAUUUCCAGGUGGUCUUUUGUUUGCCUACAGAAAAGCACUGCCUUACACGUUUUCGAAACUUCCCAAUAAAUCUUAUUUUAUCCUUUGGGUAAAAGCAAAACCUGAAAACCCUGAGGAAAAUGUUUCCAUGAUAUUUGCAGUGAUCUAUAACCCCCUAACUGACAAAACUACGAAAGAAAAGAUCCUCCGGAUCAUGGAAAGGGAAUACAAAAUUCUGGAUGAAGACCACACAGAAGCGAAGUUUUAUAUCAUGGGUGACUUCAAUGCAUGUACAUUUGAGCUUUUUGAAACUCACCAACCUCGAGUUAGAGAAUUUGAAGAAGAGAAAAACGAUUCCAAUGCAAAUUACGAAGAAAAUGGAAUAACCUUAGUUGGCUUCUGUGAUAACACAGGCUUUUGCAUAGCCAAUGGCAGAUUUGGGAAUCAAUCUGCAAGUCACACAACUUCAGCCCAUGUUUUAGAUUACUUGCUCUGCAGGCAUAAGGACUGGAGUUUUCUAACAGAUUUCAAAGUUGAUGGUUUUCAUAGAUCAGAUCACAGAGCUCUUAUUUUUACUUUAAAGGUGCUGAAUCUAAACAGUACAACUGUACAUGAACCUGAACCUGAGAGGUUAGAGUUACAACCAACCAUGCAAUUCAGGCUAACGCUGAAUUUGCAAGAAUCAGAACAUGACUUGGCCAUAAUUUGGUCUACGGGACAACCUGAUGAGCCAAAUUCAGAUGAGCUUAUCAAGUAUGAAAACACAUGCACAACUCCAAACCUACAUGUAUGUGUUAAACAAACAAUAUUAUUCACCUCACACUGCAAAGUUCAAGCAGUACCACAGGAACAAGAACCUGAAAUACCUACCAUGAUGCAUACGUUCUCAGUAGCACUAUGUUCACAGCCCUUGUUAGUCGAGAACAUACUAUGCUUCUAUCUAGAUUACCAUUCAAAUCUACAUCGAGGGCUACGCACGGUACAAGGAACUGUGAAGAACAUGUACAGUUAUUGUUUCAGAAACUAUCCAGGAGCAACAUUCACAUUCUUGGGCACUUUCUUCACUAAGACUGUUAUCGAUAUCCAGUGCAAGGAUCUUAAAAAGACGGUUCAUCAAGUAAUGUAUGGGUUGUUUUUUAAACUGAACAUGGCACGUGGGGCACAAGGAACUCAUGAACUGGAGGAAACUAAAGUAACCAUCAAGAAAAUACAGCAUGGAGGACAGAUUCACCAUGUUGUACUGUGGAAAUUUGUACUUAGACAACUCUUUAAAUCAGUCAUAACUCCAGCUUUUCAUCUGGAUGACAGGUUACGACACUAUGAGGGGCAUGAACUCACACUUUACACAGAACAAUUGAAAACCUUAAUCACUGCAAGAGGGCUACAGAAAAAUGCCAAACUUCUGUUCUGGAAAAUGUACAAGAAUGCAAUGGCCAGAGCGCAAUUAGAAAGACCUUGAAUGGACCUGAAAUGUUCCUGAAGCAGAGGCUUUCAAGUUUUGUAGUCUGGAAAAGGCCAUACUUUUACAAGUUAACAUAACUGUUAAAUGUUCCAAAAUGAGACUCAAGUAUGACAAGCAAUUGCAUCUGUUUUGUAGACAGCACAAGGUUUUUCUGCAUUUUAGAAGCAUAUAAGUCUUCUUGUUGGAUUUGUUGUAAACAAAACAGGUUAAAUGGCAACAAUAGUCAGUCACAGAUUUAAAAAUCUGUGCAUCAUCAUCAUGUGUGCUUUUUUGUUUCACAGCCAUCAACUCAAAACGUUUCAUGAGAGGUUGCUUGACUAUUUCACGACACCAUCAGUCCAAAUUUUGAUGAACAAAGCAAAGAUUAACGCUGUUGAAAGCAAGUUCCUAUCUUUUACAAAUUUUAAAUAAAUAUGGCACUUUUGGUUUGGCAAUUUCAAAGACACUAGAAAAAAUUGCACAGGAAAAAACCACCCAACCGAACUCAUGAAUUAAAGGAACCUGAAUUAAUCAUCAAGAAAAUACAACACAGAGAAAGGCUUCGACAAAUUGUGCUGUGGAAGUUUGCACUCGGGCAAAUCUUUCAAUUACCAGAAACUCCUGCUUUUGGUCUUGAUGUGAGGCUACAACAUUACGAGAAAGGAAAAGAACUCCUACCCAACCCAGCUUUAUUGCAAGCUAAAGGCUGAAACAGCUCUAUCAGCACAAUGCCACACUCAUAUAUAAAAAGUUGCCUAGAGGCAUAAUUGGGGUAUUACUGAAUAAACUUGAAAUUAAGCAAGAAGCUUUAAACUUUGAGUCCUCAAAAAGCUAAUUAUACUUUUACGAACUUAAUUCUUUAAAACAAAGUCAAGUAUUAACCACAGAACACCAAGGUUUUACCACCUUCUAAAAGUUUUUAAAGUCUUCUACCUGGGAUCUACCAAAGAGAAGACUUUCAAACUUUUAAUUACAUCCAUAAGGGAAUUCUGAUCUUCUUUGUACUUUGGAAUUUGAAAGAAACAACCUUUUCCAACCUCAAACAGUGAAAACUCCAUGGGAAAUGACCUAAAAAAAUCCCCAAACAUCUGAGGUUGCUUGUAACAUAGAAUACUUCUUCAGGUAACCAUACCAUAAGGUAACAGUACACAUUUACACAUGUAACACAUAUUAUUCCGGUCAAGAAUGGAUUUGACAAAACUUAAAAGGCCUGUUGUCAACAUCCAAUUAGAAAUUAACUGAAAUGAAUUCUUUGUGUUGUCUUGCUGAAUGUAUGUUGAAGAGUUUUCUUGUUAAAGAAAUGGAAGUUGAAAUAUAUCACUACAAAUUUCAGACAUUGAUACUGAUGUCAAAGAUUUAUUCUUUUGGAAGUUCUUUUGUUUGAACCCUGUAAAAAUCUACCAAAGUUGCAUCACCUAAUUUACAAAUCACAACAAUCUGUUUAGAAACUAAAAUCAGAGUUUGAUGAAUAAGCAUAAAGGGUAGGUGCAAUAUACAUGUACAUAAACCUUUUGAAGAUUUAUAUACGAACCUUCAAAAUGCACCUUUCUUCUCAUUUACCUUACUUUCAGCCAUGGGCAGAAAUCAAUCCUGGGGGGCAUCAAUUUAAACCUUUUUGUGCACAUCAAGUUUAUUAUCUUAUUCCAUUUAUAAAAACUCUAAAGGGAAAAUCCUCGAUCCAUCAAUCCCGUCAGUAGUUUGUUUUGCUUAUGACAUGGAGGGGACAUUCAACAUAGUGUCCCACUGUACCAAAUUCAUGGGGGAGAUGUGUCCCCCCUUCCCCCGGAUUUCCGCCCAUGUUUUUUAGCUUUUAUUUCACUAUUUCAAAGGGUAUUUAAUUUUUCAGUUUUUAUUGGUGACCAGAACUGAGAUGUCAUCCAAGGAAGAAUGCCUCAAUGUUACAUUAGUUUGUACACAAAAGAAGUGCUGCAUUUUAGCAGAAUUAGCUGGCCUAAUUUUUCUCUUUGGUGACUCGUUUAAGUUCACAGCAAGCAUAAGCAAGCCUCAAUCCCUCUCUCAGAAAUUUUUCCAGCAAGAAAAUUCUGGGUUUGCAAUUUGAACAGAUAAGCUAUCCACUGAACUAUAUCUUCCUUGGACGACAUCGCAGCAACAGUGCCCUCAGUUACCCAGGAAAGCAAGCAAAAGUUCAAAAAGUGCACUUUUCAAUGCAUUUAACCAAUUAGAGCAUUAAAGAGUUUUCAUACAAUGGAAAAGCAAACAACAUUUUUGUAAAAUUGUGUCUGAGAAAACUCUGUUGCAGCUAAACUUUUAGUUUCACAUGUGUCUAUAUUUGUAUGCAUGUACAUGUAUGUUUAUGCUUGUUAAUUAUGCUUACUAUUAAAGUUCUUAAACAAGUACAGAAUCGGACACCAAAGGUAUUUAAAAAUGACACAGAAGUCUGCUCACAUUGUUGUUUUAGUAUCUUUACUACAAUGAAAGUAAUACACAUGUGAAUGCAAGCUUUUUAUUCAUGCUAGAAACUAAAAUUGCAAAACAAAGGUACUUAAGAACCUGCAAGUACUGUACAGAUAUGUAAAGAAAAGGUAGACAUUUCUUUUCAAUCUGAUUCAUGAGUGAUGUGUAUGUGUACGGUUGAAAUCAUGUUUACAAUCAAAGUUCGACAAAUACAAAACAGAAUCACACUAUGACUGAUGUCUCCUUCAGAUGUUUGAAUGUUUCAACAGUGACGAGUGAUGAUAUAAACUGUAAGCUUAAUGUGCGCUACAUUUUCAGGUAUUUAGCGGGAAAACAGUGAAAAUUUCCCUCUGGCGUAAGAUCAUAGAAGUUUUUUGAAGCCAGCUAUGAUUUGUACAUAUUGCAGACUACAGUGUGGAGUGACAAUCAUAACUGAAAAUGUUUUCGUUUUUUGUGUAGUGUGGGAGAUACUCACAAUGCAUAAACUGUGAAAUUUCAGGCUUGUUUGAUGGAAAGAUUAAGAGUUUAGUCAAUAAUUCAGACUUUCCCCAUAGACCACAAAACUAUUUUUCCCCUUUGAGUUUCAAGUGUGAAAUAUAGAAUAGCCACAAUUGACCAAUCAGAGAAAAGAAUCAAGCCUCAGUGAUGUCAAUAACUGAAAUCUUCUAAAGUUUUAGAUAUAUCAGAGUAUAUGUAUUUUCAAAUCAUUUUUUGUCAACGGUAUUGAAAUAAAGUAUAUGUUAAUGUUUUAAUGACUCGAAUGACAAUAAUGCUAUAAGUUUAAUCUGUAACACGAUAUCAUUACCAUAACUACCAGAUUUUGUGGAAAUCUCCAAGUGUUGAAAAUUACACAAAAAA